AUGCAGAAAUUGGGUCAAGUCAUUCGAAGCGGUUGGCCUGCGAAGUACCGAGAAGUACCGCGUGAACUAGCGGAAUAUUUUUCAGUAAGGGAUGAGUUGGUGAUCGAUAACGGUGUAAUUCUAAAGAGCCAAAGAGUGGUCGUCCCAGAAAGUCUGCGUCGUGUGUAUAUCGAACAGUUACAUAGAGGACACCCUGGAGUAGAGGCAACAAAGAGAAGAGCAAGAGAUGUGGUAUAUUGGCCAACGAUGACGAAAGAUAUCGAGUAUGUAAUAUCUUCGUGCAAACCGUGCAAUAGUACCAAACCACACCAAACCAAAGAGCCCAUGAAAAGUCAUCCAACACCGAAGUUGCCAUGGACACAAGUAAGCGCGGACAUUUUUGAAUGA